AUGCAGCGGCAGCCCGCACGCGCUGUGCGCAGCCCCUGUGCAGGUCUGGCCCUAGCGCUCCUGUGCACGGGCCCCUGGCUCGCUGCCGCCCUUGCCCCGUGGGGACAUGAAGCUCAGUGCGAAGUGUGUAAAGGAUUUUUGGACAGAUUUUACAACUCAUUAAAAGAAAAACAUUCUGACUUCACCGUGGCCACCAUAGAGAAAGAACUGGUUAACAGCUGCCUGGAUACAAAAGGAAAAGAACACCGUUUGUGUUAUUACAUUGGGGCAACAAGCGAUGCAGCCACGAAGAUCAUCAGCGCGGUCAGCCGCCCAAUGAGUGCUCAUGUGCCUGUGUCGAAGAUAUGUGAGAAACUGAAGAAGAAUGACAUUCAGAUCUGUGAGCUCAAAUAUGAAAGGAAACUGGACUUAAACUCGGUGGAUCUCUCCAAGAUGAGAGUGGCUGAGCUGAAGAAGAUCCUGGAGAGCUGGGGAGAAGUGUGCAGAGCAUGCAUAGAGAAAACAGACUUUGUGAACUUGAUUAAGGAGCUGGCACCUAAGUAUACGCUUACAAACCCCAAAUCAGACCUUUGAUACUUGUGCCAACCUCGUGCUUGCUAUGGAUGCCACUCCACAUACUCUGGCAGAAGAGGUACUUUGUCUCCCCGGGUCCCGUGACAAGAAGAGAAAGCCCUUUGUCCACCUACAGUAGAGCUGGUGAUGAAGAAGGAAGUGUGAAACACUAGCUACUGUUACCAGCAACUGAGCCAUAAAGGAUGAUUCUGCCAAGAGGACACAAGCUUGUUCAGCCUCCUGUAUUGAGCUACUGAAAGCUGAACAUAGAGAGGCUGGUAUCACUAGAGAGAUCUCUGCUGUAUGUAUGACUGUGCUUAUCUGAGCCAAUAAUUCCCGUAAAGUUAGGGCUUUGUUAUCAUACUGAUUCAGAGAUACAAGUUGCUCUCAGAAAUAAUAAUGAUACUUGGCCUCUUGUACCUUCCAUCAAAGGAUCUCAAACAUUAUAAAUUACUGCUUGUUUCACAACAAUCCUAAGAAGAAGGUAGAUAUAGAAUCAUAGAACUGUGGGGCUGGAAGGGACUUCAAGAGGUCAUCAAGUCCAGCCCCUGUACUGAGGCAGGACCAAAUAAACCUAGACCAUCUCUAA